ACUUUGAAAGGAAUACACGGCUAGGUCACUUCCUUGGUCAUUGUUUCCCUUGCAUGUCCUUCCGGUUGUGCAGAUGGUGGGAAGAUGAGUCAAAUGGACGAACUCAGAGUGUUUGUUUGCGAGCGUCUACACGCAAUUACAACACAAAUCUUAGGUGCUAUUGAAAAAACAAUAAAUAACUACGAGGAGCAGACUACCCGCUUGAAGGAAGAAAACGACCGCCAACGUGCACUGCUGGACAAUGUCCUCAAAGCCAAGAUACCACGAAUAAAAGAAGAUGACGAGCUAUGCCACAGAAGAUAUUUGGACAUGUCAGAGUGGGAAAAGCACGGGUCAGAUCAUGGCACCAAAAAUACCUCUGCUGUGUACGCCAACCCACACAUAUCAAAUUCAAGUCCUGCCUGUGGUGCCAGAGAUGCCCUGAACCAUUCCAGUGACUUGCAGCAUGUCUUCACCUCCCGCACCGACUUCCUAAAGUUUGCAGAACGUGGCGACUGUCCCUACUGCCUCAAUAGAACUCAAGCCACUGAGACUCACUUGAUUAAAAAGCAUUUUCUAUGUGCUGUUCGUUUUGCUGAGGAUGGCACAGAAAAAUUUGUUGUACCAUGUACGUGCAAAGACAGGAUCCAGAACAGAAGUCACUGGCACUGCCCAAACUGCAGAAAGAUCAUUUUUCGGAAAUGUAACUUUGAGGUGCACCUAUCGAAACAACAUAAAUAUACAAUACUACAGGAAAGCCAGGACACAGUGAGUCAUCAGGAACUGCAGAACUCAAAGCAACUGCAGAGCAAAGUUGAGCAAAUAGAAGGAGACAGAAGUGAAAUAAAAGAACAAAGUCUGGAGACAGAUCACGCCCCUUACUCUGCCUGUGUGGGCCUCUGGGACGAGGGACGUCCUCUUUCUAGUUCUCCUCCACCUCUGGAAACUCAGCUUGGUGAUCGGGUUGGUGGAAUAUUUCAGCCAGCUGGGGAAUAUCAGCACACCAUUGAAGUCGAGCUUGAGGAGUGGAAGAAGAACCAUACAGCUCCAACUUUAAAGGCACGCUGUUCAAAAAAGAAAAAGCCUGUGAAAAGAUCUUUACCCGUGUUGACUUUAAAUCAAAAGAAAUCACAGUUAUCCGUCAGUCAGAAUCCCACAGGUCCUCAUUGUUGUAAAGUCUGUGGAAAGACUUUCCAUUACAUGUACACUCUGAGGACACAUGCACGAGUACAUGCGGUGGAUAAAAUCCAGAUUUGUGGAUUUUGUGGAAAACAUUUAGAGUUGACAGAGAGUUUAGUCCAGCACCUUCAAAACCACAAGAUGAAAAGCAAAUGUGGUAAACAAUUUUCUAAUGAUUCCUGUCUGAAACAGCAUAUGAGAUUUCAUAGACCAAAGGUUCUAAAUGUGACCAGCUUAAAAAAAACACAGAUGGGUGAGACACUAUAGAUGUCAUAAACUUGUCAAAAACUGUUAUAUCUUGCUAUGGCGCCAUGUGGUCGACAGCCAGUUACAGUAGCUCUGAACACUUAUUUUAGUAUUUUUAGUACAUUUUUUUCAUUGUUUUUUCUACACCAAUCCCCUGCCUUUAUGUGUGCAAACAAUUACUUUUUUUUUUGCUUCAUUUACUUUUCUUUGCUUCAUGAAUACAUCAGGUGACCCAUUCAAAAAAAAAAAAAAAAAAAAAAAAGCCCGCUUGUUUACACUCAAGAACAGCUGUUACCGCUACUCCCACCAUGUAAGAAGGAAUGCUACCACAGGUCCUUCAUUCCAACAGACUCUUUUACACCAGCAUGACUUUUCUUACUUGUGUAUAUGAGCUACUGUGUCAUGUGAACUUCCCCAGUGUGGGAUCAAUAAAGUCUAUCUUAUCUUAUCUUAUAUUCUGAUCCAUGGCAGUAAAAUCCACUAAAUAGAAAGCUACCUGCCCAGAGAUGUAUUUAUGGGUAGAAUAACUCAGUCCUGGUGCUUGAUGUGUAUUGUUAAUUGUAUCUUGUGGUAUUCAUAAAUUUUGUGAACUUCUCUUCUGAUUAAAACAUUUUAAAGUUA